ACAGGAGGUAACUGUAGGGCUUCCUACUACGCUGCAAAGACGGGGCCCGGCUGCUGUGCGGAAGAAACCAAAAAGGGUUUUCAAGGGAAAGGGACGGCGGCCCCAGCAAACGUUGUGGAGCGCAACCAGGGCCAGGGGAGACACCCAUACCAACCCCAGGACCCCGCCAUACCCAACCUACGACAGCAUACCAAACCCCCCGACCGCCCAUACCACCUCCACCGCCAUACCAACCCCCCGACUAGCCAUACAACCCCCCACAGCCAUACCAAAACCCCACGACCAGCCAUACCAAUCACGACCAGCCAUACCAACCCACACCAGCCCUACCCAAACCCCCCGACCAGCCAUACCAACCUCCGAAGCCUACCAAACCCCAGACCCCGCCAACCCAAACCCCCGACAAAGGCAUACCAACCUCACGACCAGUCAUACCAACCUCAGACCAGCCAUACCAACCCCACGACCAGCCAACCAAACCCACGACCACCUACCAAAUUCACGACAGCCAUAAACCCCAAUCAGACCAGCCAUACCACCUCCGCCCCGCCCUACCAACCUCAACCCCCAUACCAACCUAGACCCGCCCUACCACCCCCCGACCGACAUCAAAACCUCAGACAGCCAUCCCCAAACCCCACACCCGCCCCAACCUCACGACACCAUACCAACCUCCCGACCACCAUAAACCCAACCCCACGACCAGCCUACCAAACCCCACGAACAGCCAUACCAAACCCCACGACCCGCAAAACAACCCACGACCCGGCUACCAACCACCCGACCAGGGAUACCAAAACCCCCCGACCAGGCUACCAAACCCCCGACCAGGCAUACCACCACCCCCCCGACAUACCAACCCCCCGACCAGGAUACCCCCCCCACGACCAGGAUACCCAAACCCCACGACCAGGCUAA